CAUAAAACACUCUUGAACUAUCUAAACUCAUAUUUGACAUAAGAAAAAGGCAUCAAUCAUCAUGAGCAUUUUGAAAGAAACAAAAAGGUUUAUGGUCGUGGCAAUGUUCAUAGCAUGUGUGUUCAUAAGCAACAACAUGAACGUAGCAGUUGCAAAUGAGAUUGGCUAUCCAGGAAUGGGACGCGGCGAUCGCCAACCAGGAUGUGAUCAUGGCAACUGUCCACCCGAUCAACCGGCGAAUCCGUACCAUCGAGGAUGUGAAAAAUCAAAGAGAUGUCGUGGUCCAGAUCCACCAGCUCUUCCUCGAAAGAUGAUAUAAUACAACAAAAACUAAAAAACAGUUUCAAUUAUAACAAUGUAACCAAGCCCCAUGGAUAAAAAAAACUAAUGUUUUGCGUUCGUUUAGUUCAAACUAUUUUCUUAUGUCUAUUUCCUAAAUUAUACAAACUAUGAAUUCAG